AUGGGCUCUCGACUGGCCAAAGAAUACGUCCAAACAGCCAAAACACUCAGAAAUGACCCUGCGUUCUCCCAUGUCCUCGCUCUAGCUCCUGUUUCCGACGAUGUCCUUAACAAAUGGGAAGCUACAAUAGAAGGUCCUCCUCAAACGGCGUACUAUGGCUACCAAUUCAAACUGCAGAUUGAGGUGGACCAGAACUACCCGAUCAAGCCGCCAUGGAUCUGUUUCGAGCCCCAAACGGUGCCCCAUUGUAACGUAGACUACGAUUCUGGCCGGAUCUGCUUAAAUUUACUAGAUGCAGACCACUGGAGUCCCGCCUGGGACUUGCUACACUCUAUAAACGCUAUUUGGCAGCUAUUGGCGAACCCGGAGCCUGACUCGCCGCUGGACAUCGACCUGGCAUGUUUGUUUCGCACCAAAGACUACUGUGCACACGACUCGCUUGUGAGAUACUACUUGAACGGAGGAUCACGAGGCUCUACAGGGCCCAUACGAGGUACGAGAUAA